AAUGCUGAAAACAAAAACAACCUAAAACAUUUUCAUCUUCAUUUUCAACCUUUAUUUUUUCUUUGUCACUGCCACCGCUACUACUACCUCUAGUAGUUGAACAUGGCCACUGUUACUACACAGGCUUCAGCCGCCAUUUUCCGGCCAUGUGGAUUGAAAUCAAGGUUCCUUACCGGUUCUUCUGGUAAGUUGAACAGAGAAGUGGCUAUUAGGCCAAUGGGGUGUUCACCUUCUGCUUCUUUUAAGGUUGAAGCUAAGAAAGGAGAGUGGUUACCUGGCUUGGCUUCUCCAGGUUACCUUACUGGCAGUCUUCCCGGAGACAACGGAUUCGAUCCAUUGGGACUAGCCGAGGAUCCAGAGAACUUGAAAUGGUUUGUUCAAGCCGAGCUUGUGAAUGGACGUUGGGCUAUGUUAGGUGUUGCAGGGAUGUUACUCCCUGAAGUCUUCACCAACAUUGGAAUCAUCAACGUUCCAAAAUGGUAUGAUGCAGGGAAAGAAGAAUACUUUGCUUCAUCUUCAACACUCUUUGUGAUCGAGUUCAUUUUGUUCCAUUACGUCGAGAUUAGAAGAUGGCAAGACAUUAAGAACCCUGGUAGCGUUAACCAAGAUCCUAUCUUCAAGCAAUACAGUUUGCCAAAGGGUGAGGUUGGUUACCCCGGUGGAAUUUUUAACCCUUUGAACUUUGCACCAACUUUGGAGGCUAAAGAGAAGGAAAUUGCUAAUGGGAGAUUGGCAAUGUUGGCAUUCUUGGGAUUUAUCAUUCAGCACAAUGUGACAGGAAAAGGACCAUUUGAUAACCUCUUGCAGCACCUUUCAGACCCAUGGCACAACACCAUUGUUCAAACACUGAGUGGCAGCAACUAAAAUCUUUGAUGUAUCCAAUGACAUGAAAGCCUAUGUUAUUCUAAUGUAAUCCUGAAUGGAUGAAUUUUGAAAGACAUCCGGGCAUGAUUGUUAUGAUCCUUAAUCUAUUUCCAUGUACAGAGGAACUAAGAUGGCUUUAUAUUACUCUUUAUAUUAUCAAGCAUAAUAAAUAGAAAUUAAACAUCUAUUACAAUUC